GCUUGGUGGGAAGGCGAAGAAAAGGCUUCUAUUGGGAGCAAGAACGAGUGUGUUUUUCCGUAGGUUGAGGUGUAUUAAGAAAGAGGUUAGGAGAACGAGGAGGGAGGAGUAGCAUCACAGAGAGUAUGGCUGAUGUGGAAGUCACUAGGGGUGGGGCACGAUCCCCCCCCCCCGGCCCCAUACCAACCAAUGGACGAGGACGAGGAUAGAGUGAGGGAGUUGGCGAAGCUGUGCUGUGAUGAAGGAAUCUUGCCAACCUCGAUAGAUCCAGGGGAGAUGACAGUCAACGGGAGAGAAGUCACCUUCAAAGUCAACAACCGGAUUGAUAAAACGAAGGUGGACUGGUUGAAGGAUCACACAGUCACGGUGAUAUUUUGGAAUGCGGCACGUUUUUUACCAAAGAAGACGAAGGAUGAUCUCGUGAGGGCGUAUGAGGACACACGUACGCAAGAAGGUGACUUUGAGAGCAAUACUUUCAGGCGAGGGAGGAUAAAAGUGGAAGGUCUGAAUGUCGUCUCCUAUGUGUCGAGAAGUGCGGCAGUCAAACAGUGGCUUCUGGCGAAAGGAAGGGAUGAGAUUACGCUGGGUCAAAUCAGCUAUGUAAUGGAGUUUAAACCUUGGUUAACAAAAGCCCAACUACGGGAACAAAGGAGAAGGGAAGAGGAGUCGAAUUUAUGCGUGAUUGCGGUGCAAGUGCCGCUCGAUGCGAUGUUUUAUCUGGAGGCCCAAAUAGCGAAGGCAAUAGGGCUAGUAAUCAACUCGCACCCUGCCGAGCAGGAUCGGCAAAAACCAGCGCUCAUAAAUCUGAAGUUCGAUCUGGAGCCGGAUGCAAGCUGGGAUCCCGGGAAUGCCGAACAACUUAUCGGCGUUUGGUCCGUGGCCUGUGCAAUAAACCACAUGCCACCGUUCCCACCAGGAGGCUACGGUUUCCCACUCUUUUCUCAAGAGGGUUUGGGUGGAUGUACACUUGGAGGGCAACUGGGAGGGAGCGUCCACGGAGGAGGAGGGAUGUAUGCAGCAACGUGGGGAGGAGGAGCAGGUUUGCAUCACGCUUCAGGAGGACAGGUGCACGGAACGCAUGACACCAGAGGGGGUUUCCAGGGUGGAAUGUCGAGCCCCAACAGGGAGGCAGUGAGUGACAACAGAGGGACAGGUGGCACGCCAGGAAAGCAGAGGAGAUUGCGGCAAGAAGAUAGCGCCACCUCUGAUCUGCGAGGAGUCAGGGAGGAGAAAUCGGGUUCGAUGGAAUUCGAGGGCUCACAGGGUCGGAUCAGGGAGAUAAUUACUCCGGGAACAAAGACAACAAGGAAGAGAAUUCCGGUGGCAGUUGCGAGAGGCCAAUAGGAGGGGAUCGAAUCAAAGAUUCUCCCCGUGUUACGUACGACUGUUAGAAAUGAAUUCUACUUCAUUAC